UUUGCUCCCCGGCAGAGGAGGGCGCAGCGCCCCGCAGAUCCCGAGCAAGGGGCGCAGGUAUCACCGCCCACGCCGCGGUCCCGAAGCCGCCCACGUCGCGGGUUAACCUUGCCGCGGGGCCCCGCAUCCCCUCGGUUCGUAGCCGGGGAACGACGUCGCCGCCAGCUCUCGCUCCCGCCGCCCCCCCCCCCCCGCAGCCCUCCGGCCGGGGGACGCGGCGGCCGCUCCCGCGACUCGCCACGGGCGGGCGAACCCGGGACGGGCAGCUCGCCCCGGCUACACGCCGCGUCCCGCCCCCGCGCAGGGGGCGCCCGCCCAUUGGCCGGCGCCGACCCUCUCUGCGCCUCUUAUUCGCGGCGGGCCGUGCCCCUCACGGCGCAGCCGCGGCCCGGGUCUAAUUGCCGGGGCGAGGGCGCGCCCCGCCACAGGUAGCGCGGGCGGCGGCCGGAGCGGGGCCGCGCCGCCUCUCGCAGCUGCCCGGAGCUUCGCGCCUCGGCUGCCGGCGGCGGGGGGGGGGGGGGGGGGAGGUUCAGCGCGGGCGGCUGUCCCCCCUCCGCACCUCCUUUUGGACCUCCUCUCCCAGCGCGGCCGGCCGCUGCACGGGCAGCCCCUCCUUUAGCGGCGGGGGGGGGGGGGGGAGGCCGGCCUGUUGCUGCCGGGAGGAGGGACCGGAGCGGCGGCGAGCGGCCCCGCGUCUCUUUUUUUUUUUUUUUUUUUUUUUUUUUUUUUUUUUUCCCCCCCCCCCCCCCCCCCCCCCGCCCCGGGGGCGGGGGGGAGCGAUGAGCCGCGCAUUGUUUCCCCUGUAGGCAGCGCCCGGCGGGCAGCGGGGGCCAUGGGCUCCGCGCCUUUGUCUCCCGAGUGAGCCGACCCCGCUCCCGCAGCCUCCCGCCGCCAGCCGGGACCCGGCGACAUGGACGUGACGGUCUCCGAGCUCCUGGAGCUCUUCCUGCAGAGCCCCUUGGUGACCUGGGUGAAAACCUUCGGGGCGCUGGGGAGCGGGGGCGAGGACAACCUCGGCGUCUACAUGGACCUGGUGGAUGGCGUCGUCCUGAACAAAAUCAUGCUGCAAAUAGAUCCUCGACCAACCAACCAACGUGUCAACAAGCAUGUAAAUAAUGAUGCCUAUCUUCGGGUUCAAAACCUGACUAUCUUAGUCAGAAACAUUAAGACUUACUAUCAGGAGGUCCUUCAGCAGCUGAUUGUAAUGAAUUUACCAAAUGUUUUAAUGAUUGGCAAAGAUCCUCUUUCUGGAAAAAGUAUGGAUGAAAUUAAGAAGCUGCUGCUGUUGGUUCUGGGAUGUGCUGUGCAGUGUGAAAGAAAAGAAGAGUUUAUUGAAAAAAUAAAACAACUGGAUAUUGAAACCCAAGCUGCCAUUGUGUCACACAUUCAGGAGGUGACUCACAACCAGGAGAAUGUCUUUGACUUGCAGUGGCUGGAGCUCCCAGAUAUGGCCCCAGAAGAACUGGAGUCUCUCUCGAGGAAUAUGGUUUUCCACCUCAAGAGGCUCAUUGAUGAAAGAGAUGAAUGCACCGAAGUCAUUGUAGAUCUCACUCAAGAGAGAGAUUAUCUGCAAUCUCAACAACCACCAAGUCCUCUGAAAGCACCAAGUCCAGAUUCUUCACCAAACCCAGCCAACCCUCUUUCUAAUGAAGACAAGCAGCACCUUGCAGUUGAGCUGGCAGACACGAAGGCUAAAUUGAGAAGAAUCCGGCAGGAGCUGGAAGAGAAGUCUGAGCAGCUUGUAGAUUCUAAACAUGAAGUCGAGCAGCUCACCCUAGAGCUGCAAAAAAUAAAACAAGAGAAUAUCCACCUGGCCUCAGAUGCUCGCUCUGCACGAGCAUACAGAGAUGAGCUUGACUCUCUGAGAGAGAGGGCAAACCGUGUGGAGAGACUUGAGAUGGAACUUGUUCGGUGCAAAGAGAAGCUACAUGAUGUGGAUUUUUACAAAGCUCGCAUGGAGGAAUUACGGGAGGACAACAUCAUAUUAAUUGAAACAAAGGCCAUGCUAGAAGAACAGUUAACAAUGGCAAGAGCUCGUGGUGAUAAACUUCAUGAAUUAGAGAAGGAAAAUUUGCAGUUGAAAUCGAAACUUCAUGAUGUAGAGCUGGACCGGGACACAGACAAGAAGAGAAUUGAAGAGCUGCUGGAGGAGAACAUGGUCUUGGAGAUUGCGCAGAAACAGAGUAUGAACGAGUCUGCACACCUAGGCUGGGAACUAGAACAACUGUCGAAAAGCACAGAUCUUGCAGACACCAGGAAGUCCUUUGUGUUUGAGUUGAAUGAAUGUGCUUCAAGUCGCAUACUGAAGCUAGAGAAGGAUAAUCAGAGCUUGCAGAACACAAUCCAAGAGCUGAGGGAUGCCUCCUUGACCUCCAGAGAGAGCAGCCUAAAGUUUGUGGAACUGGAAAAAGAAAAUCAACAGCUUAGCAAAAAGAUUGAGAAGUUGCAAAAUCAAAUUGAGAAAGAGAAGCAAAGUAAUCAAGAUCUGGAGACCUUGAGUGAGGAGCUGAUAAAAGAUAAAGAACAGCUACAAGUAGUCAUGGAGACUCUGAAAGCUGACAAAGACAGACAGAUAAAGGACCUUAAACAAGAAAAUGAUCAUCUCAAUCAAGUGGUCUUAUCCCUGAGACAAAGAUCUCAAGUGAGCAGUGAGGCAAGAGUAAAAGAUAUUGAAAAAGAGAACAAGAUCCUUCAUGAAACAGUUACAGAGACUAGCAGCAAACUGAGCAAGCUGGAAUUUGAGAAGAAACAGUUGCAAAAGGAUUUUGACCAGGUUAAAGAAAAAGUGGAAAGAGUAGAAGAAAUGGAAAAAGAGCUCCAUCGGCUGGAGAGGGAGAAUGAACAGCUCACAAAGAGGGCAGCAGCGAUGAAAAUAGUGACAGAAAAAGUGGAAGUUCUUGAGCAGGAGAAUGGAGAUCUGGAAGUGGAAAAUAGGAAGCUAAGAAAAUCCCUGGACACAUUGCAGAAUAUUUCCAUCCGGCUUGGGGACCUGGAAAGGGACAACAAGCAAUUGGAUGAAGAAAAUCUGGAGCUUAGGAGAGUGGUGGAGACCAUGAGAUUUACCAGCACAAAAAUGGCACAAAUAGAAGCAGAAAAUAAAGAUUUGGAAAGGGAGAAAGAGGACUUAAGAAAGAAUGUAGAAAUGUUAAAAGCAAUGAGCAAGAAAUCAGAGAGGCUGGAGCUAAGCUAUCAGAGUGUCAACUCUGAAAACCAGAGACUUCAGCAAAUUGUGGAGAACAGCAGCAAAAAGAUCCAGGAGUUAGAAAAAGAAGUACAAGGAAUGGAGAGUGAAAAUCAAGUCCUCCAAAGAAACUUAGAGGAGUUAAAGAUUUCUGCCAAACGGCUAGAGAAGUUAGAAAAGGAGAACAAAACCCUAGAACAAGAAAUCUCUCAGCUUGAGAAAGACAAAAAAAUGCUAGAGAAAGAAACGAAACGGCUCUGGCAGCAAGUGGAGCUGAAAGAUGCCAUUUUGGAUGAUAGUACAGUAAAAUUGGCAGUUGCUGAGAAAGAAAACAAGACACUAGAAAAGGAAAUUGCUCGAUUCAGAGAUUCAUCUAAUAAGCUGAAAGAAUUUGAAAAGGACAAUAAAGAUCUCAUAAAGCAAGUUACAAUUGAUAAAAGAACACUAGCUACAUUAAGAGAGGAUUUGGUCCAGGAGAAGCUGAAGAGUCAACAGUUGUCUAGUGAGCUGGACAAACUGAGCCAGGAACUGGAGAAGAUAGGGUUGAACAAAGAGCUGCUGCUACAGGAUGACAAUGGCAAUGAUGACACAAAAUACAAGAUUCUGGAGAGCAAAACUGAAUCAGCACUAAAAACAACACUAGCUGUGAAAGAGGAGAAGAUUGCAAUGCUGGAAGCUCAAGUGAAGGACUCUCUGAACUUGAACCAGCAGUUACAGAAGGAUCUAAAUGUGGUAAAGAAGGACUUUGAUGCACUUAAGCAGACUCAACAAGACGGACAGAUUGCUCAGAAGUCACUGAGAUAUUCUGCAGAGAAACUCAUUCCCAACCACCAAAUGAAUGAGAAAUUGGAAUCAGGGCACCGAGAAGCUACCAUGGAGCUGCUGAAACUGAAGGACAGGGCAAUUGAACUGGAAAGGAAUAAUGCAGCGCUGCAUACUGAGAAGCAGCUGCUUAAAGAACAGCUGAAGCAUUUGGAAACACAGAAUGUCUCCUUCAACAAUCAGAUUCUGACACUACAGAAGCAAAACGUCUUCCUUCAGGAGCACAACACUGCCCUGCAGACGCAGACGGCCAAACUCCAGGUAGAAAAUUCAACCCUCAGCUCCCAGAGUGCUUCGCUGAUGGCCCAGAAUGCUUUACUCCAAAAUCAGCAGACAGCUAAGGAGAAUGAGAAUGAAAAUCUACUGAAACAGAAGGAGCAGUUGAAAGCUGAGUAUGAGUCAUUGCUUCAGGACCAUGAACACCUUGCUUCACUGCAUGAACGGCAGUCUGCAGAAUAUGAAAUGCUAAUAAACCAGCACAGCUGCCUGAAAACAUUACACAAAAACCUGGAUCUGGAGCACAAAGGUCUGGGUGAGAGAUACAACAGUUUAAUGAAACACAAGGCAGAAUUGGAAGAGUUGGAAAUAGUUUUAAAAACUGAGAGAGAGGUUCUGCAACAAGAGAGGAGAUCAAAUGCAAUAACCACUGGGGAAAAUCAGAAGCUGAGGGAGGAACUGGACAGGGUGAAUUUCUUGCACAACCAACUGAAGACAGAGUAUGAAGGGCUGCAUUCACACACUAAAGAGCUGAAAACUUCCUUGAACAACUCUCAGCUGGAGCUGAAUCGUUGGCAGGCUCGCUAUGAUGAGCUGAAAGAACAGCACCAGUCCAUGGAUAUCUCUCUGACCAAGCUGGAUAACCACUGUGAGCUGCUGUCCCGUCUAAAGGGAAAUCUGGAAGAAGAAAACCAUCAUCUCCUGAGUCAGAUUCAGAUGCUGAGCCAGCAGAAUCAGAUGUUACUGGAGCAGAACAUGGAGAACAAAGAGCAGUAUCAUGAAGAACAGAAACAGUACAUUGACAAAUUGAAUGCCUUAAGGAGACACAAGGAAAAACUUGAAGAGAAGAUAAUGGAUCAAUACAAGUUCUAUGAUCCUACUCCAAAAAAGAAAAACCACUGGAUUGGAGCCAGAGCCUUAGUCAAACUAAUCAAGCCAAAGAAGGAGACUACAAGGGAGCGGUUGAAACCAGCAGCAGAAAGCCCUCCAUGGCAUUCUGAAUCCCCCGAGACGGUAAAUUCUCCAUCUGCCUCCCAAAAACUGAAACAUCAACAAGAGACUCAGGAUAAUACCUCUCAAGGGUCAAACUCUGUGGAAGAGAGAGAGAACCCUGGGGGUUCUUCAAACAAAGUGCUAAUGGACCUAAAGCAAAAGAGGACUUGCCAUCACGGAGGCAGCAAUGAUAAUGUUGAAAUCUCAGCAGACUCUGCAACAAAGCACUACUGUGUGGAACUGGGUCCCAGGACUUACUCAACUUCAGCUAUUCAUCUGCACUCUUCCACCCCCAUCCCCAGGCUCCAAAACAGACCAAAAGGCUAUAAUUCAGAAGAUAAUCUAUGUGAACAGUCCCCUGAGGUAGAGUUUGCAAGCACCAGACAGCACGUGUCCAAGCCAAACAGUUUAGAGAGCAGCAGGAACGCUUCCAGCAGCAGUUCACCUCUCAAUUUGAAAGGUUCCUUAGAUCAUAUCCAUGGUAGGACCGAGAGUCUCAGCAGUGAAGAUGCGGUGCCAAGCAGAGAGGCACCAGCCUUGCUCCGAGACACCUACCCCUUUCACUCUGCUUCUGCCGUCUUAAGCCCUAGCAGCAGGCAUGAGUCAUCUUCUCACAGGAAUGGUUUGAUCUCUUACGAUGUGCCUCAGAAGAGUACUCCAUCCCAGUCUUACACAGGCAGGCAGCGAUCUGCCUCACCUGGCAGCGAGAUGGUAACUUUGGAAGAGUUCUUGGAAGAGAGCAACAGGCUGCCCCCACCAAGUCGUCGGCGCAGUUUAAAUGAGAGUGAAAUGAUUUCAUUGCACCAAUUUCUGUUAGAAGCUGAUGCACUGUAUCCCUCUUGCUACUCCCUAUGUCCUUCCCUCCGUCAGAAACCUUCGCAGUCACUCGAAUCGGUCCUCAGUCAUUCAUGUCUCGACAGCGUGAGGCACAGAACAGGCAGGGGAAAUAGGAGAUCUACUUCACUGUAUAUCCCCAGGGACACCUCCAGUAACAGAGAUGACUUGCUCAGCGAUUAUUUCAGGAAAGCAAAUGAGCCUUCAGCUACUGGGAACGUGCUGGUUCAGCCAUCUAGAAAGGAGGCUGCUAAGAUGCCCACUAAUCUUGCUGCUCCAGCUGUAAAGAUGGCCGUCACCAAUGAAGAAGGAAGGAUGGCUAAGCCUGGAAAUUACAUGAAGCCAAACCUCAGACAAGUCGAACCUGAGCCUCUGGCAAACUCCCAGGGAUCCCUUAAGCUUCCUCACACACCACAGCACCAGUCUGCCAGCGGGAUGCGGCAGAUGGCACAGCCUCAGCAGCCUGGAACCGUGAGCAGGAGGAGUACCUCACUGAGCAGGGCAUUUAGCUUAGCCUCUGCAGACCUCCUCAGAGCCACCGGCCCGGAGACGUACAGGCAGGAGAGCCCUCAGAAGUCAGCUGCAGACCUGCGUGGGGGCAAGGAUGCUGUCAGUCAGACCGCAAGAGUUUCUGUGCCAACAAGCUCCCAGGCAACCUUAAGAGAGAGGCCACAGUCUGCAAAGGUGGCAGGUUCCUUGCAAGGUGUCGAUUCCCGCUGCCGGCAGCUUGACGCAAGGCGCCUUUCUCUGGCCCCACCGAAGGAUGAGAGGCCGCUCUCCUUCCAUCAGUUCUCUGCCUCACCGACUGCAUCCACCAGCAAUCUGAACGUGCAGCAACAGGAGCGUGUGAACCCUGGGCAACACUACUCACCUGCAUCGCACACUAAAAUCAAGCCCAAGCCAGCUCCUCGUACUGGCGAGGUGGCUGCAGUGGCUCCUGCCAGAGCUGUUUCCAGCAGCACUGAGGGAAAUAUUUCCCUAGGGCAAGGCCAGGGUGAUGCCCUCCUUACCAAGUGCCAGGGUAAGCUGCCAGAAGGCAGUGCUGGGGCUGUGGAGGAGCCCAUGAGAGGAAGCAGCUCCAACAGCACUCCUGGGUCUCCGGACCCGCAGGGGGAUCAGCAGACAGUUUGGUAUGAGUAUGGGUGUGUGUAACCCAUGCGUGCAGCUAGUAGUAUGCACGUUUGGCACGGCUGACAUCCAGGUAGCACUUGGCUAGACACUGUGCCAGAUCUUAACAGGCAUCACCUGCAUGCUGCUCUGAGUGUUCUCUGGGUACUGUUUUCUGGUUGGACAAAAUGUGAUUAAGAGAAGCAAGGAGCAAAACCCCAGACCUUCUUUUGACACUGUUGUGCCUAAAACAAAGUGGAAGCCUGACCUAGUCUCACAGCAGGCUUGGCACCUGAUUGUCACAGGUGCUGAGCAUUCCCAAACUCCAGGAGAAGCUUAGCAGGGUCCUCUGUUGUUGCUGCACUGUGCACCCCUUCUACCUGCAUUAAAGAAGUUUCACAGGUCAUGUGUGUAUGCUGAACCCAGCCCUCCAUUGAUAAAUAACUUAACCAUACCGAAAAGGUCAUGUAAAAGCCAAACUUCUCCCCCAAAGACAGAACCAGACACUUGGCUUAAGUAGCUUAAAGAGAAAGCGGAAGAGUAAAAGUGUGUGGCUUUAGCCAUGGAUCUGUUAAAAUCAAUUGUUCUUGCCUCAGCCACAUUUUAUAGAGGUAACAUGUAGACUUCACGGGGCACAUCUUAACCUUCUCCGCUGGGACUGUGUAAACACAGAGAGGCCAGUGUAAUUACCCUGCUGCCUUCACUAUAGCUGCAGCUCAGUGGAUCCUUGACUCUGCAAGCCAAGUGGUGCUGCCUUUUGAAAAUUGCUUUAUCUUUUAUACAAACACUGGAACUAAUGCAGCCUUUCAGGGUAGAUGCCAUUUCAGUUGCAAAGGUGGCAUCUCAUGUACAAAAGUGUCUUGUAAGUAUGUAUAUAAGAAGCUCGAGUAUUGUAUAGGAAUGCCGUGUAAAUUGUAUUAUUACAUCCUUUUGUGCGUGACAGCCCACAUCGUAAGUAAUAUGUGGGAUUUUGUCUCUUAGAAAUCCUUGAUUAUGUCUCCAAGGUCUUUGCUUAGUAUAGAAAGCAAAGUAAUUUUGUAUACAUGUGAAAGAAAUCUACUUUAAAAAAAUCUAUUUAUGUGCAAAGAAGUUCCUUGUAUGUUACUGUUCAGAGUGUCAUCAGCUGCUUAUGUAUAUAUGAUCAAAUGUGUAUCUUUAAUUCUAUUUCAUGUUUGUAAAGCUGUUUUUCUUGCAAUAGACUAAAUCCUUACAAAAAAUAAUACUUGUUUUGUUGGUUCUGAUUUAAUGUAGUAAAAGCUAAAAGUGAUUCAGCUGAGGAUGUUUUUGUUAUCUAGUAUGUAGUAAUCCCAUUCUGGAAACUACAAAAUUGUUUAUAAUAAAGAUUAAAAUAAAGUAGA